AAACAGUCAGAAAGUCUUAUAACGCUUUAGUUUCUUCACAAACUAAAACAGGGGACAAUAUCACAUAACCCUUAAAGGAAACAAAAACUGACCAAAUGCGGCCAUUUCAACCUCUUCUCCGGAAUUCUCCGCCCCUCUCUUCCGACGAACUUCAGUUCUCCUCCACUGCCACACCCACAUGCAAUCCCCAAACCUGCAGGUGGCGGCCUUACUCCAAUUCAAACAACUUCGAAUCUAACGCGGCCAUAAUCCUAAUUAUUCUGUUUUGUGCUCUGAUUUGUGCUUUGUCACUCAACGCUGCCAUCCGCUGCUUCCUCCGUGGGGGUCAGCCGAGCCGGCGCAGGGGAGAGAGCCUUCCCCGGACACAACAGGAAGUGAUACUUCAGCAGAGGAAGCCUGGCAGGGAAGGGGCUGCGGCCGCCUUGGUGGUGGCGCCCACGGUGGCGUACAUGGCGGGGAUGAAGUUGGCCGGAGCGGAGGCAGAAUGCACCAUUUGCUUAGCGGAGUUUGUGGAGGGAGAGGGAAUUCAGGUACUUGGAAGGUGUAAGCAUGGAUUUCAUGAACAAUGCAUCCAGCGGUGGCUUAAUUCUCACUCAUCUUGUCCCACUUGCCGCUCUAGCUGUCUCUCUUCAUCCCCGUCAUCAUCAUUAGAAUCUCCUCACCAUUGCAUUGACCGGAGUUCACAGCAAGCGGUGGGUGAACGGCAGGAUCCGUAGUACCCUGCUUGCUAAAUCAAUUCAGCGUGUAUGAAAGUUUUCUUCUGUUGUUUCAUUUUCUUCUUUUCCCCCAAUGAUAAGAAUCUCUAUCAACUAUUCAAAACCUCUGGUUCUACCAUCUUCCAUAUCUUUAUCCCACUUAGAAAAAUAAUAAGGAAAUUCAUAA